UAGCAGCCCCCGACACUCCACUCCACUCCGCUCUGUCGUAUUCGGUAGACACAAUUAUUAUACAUUUUAUUUGCAAACAACAAAAAAAUUAACAAUUAACUAUGCCGAGAUGGCAUCCCAUCCACAACAGGACGCUGAUACCAUCUGACGGGGAUUUGUGUCCGUCGAGGCCUUCGUCGUGGGACAAACUUCAUUCGCCAUCGAUCAGUGACUCCUCGUACAGCACUUUGGAGUCUGAAAGGUCCGAUGCUGGGAUCGAGGAUACUAAAUUACAUCGUAACUCGCCAGAGCCAUCUGUCAAUCGGAACACGGCCAAGCCAACGUCACAGCCCAUCGAAUCUUCGGCAAAGCCAUCGGUCGGUAAAGACAAGACCAAGUCAACGUCCAAGGCAGUGGGAGGCUUCUUCCCCAGCAGUACGACAUGCAUAUUCAUGGCCAUGCCCCCCGUACCGACAAAGAUGCAACCCAAAGUGACCUCUGCCAGGAGAGAUCACAAGUUUGAACACACAAAAUUCUGCGCAACGUUCCGUAGAACCAAGUCAGAGCUUCCAUUGGAUCUUUAUGCGUCGACUUCAAAGGCAGCCUGUAACUGCAGCGCACCGAACAGCUUGCCAUGGCCCAUGGGGCGCAAGGAUUGGCAUGGAUUGGAGCUCGAUAUUGGCGAUUCUGAGCUAAGGGCCACCGCCGACCUGCCUCACAUCAAGGAGAGUAGAAACGGCAAGCAGUCCAUCCAAAUGAAGCAGAAGUCGGUAAAGAAGUCGGGAAAGAAGUCGGUAAAGAAAUCGGUAAAGUCGGUAAAGAAGUCGACGAAGAUGCAGAAAAUGGUGAUUAAUAUAAUGAAGAACAUGGCAAAGAAACGCGGCAGAGGCACAGGCCGCCCAGAAAAGGGCAAGCCCAAGAAUGUCAAGCGUUUGGACAAAGGACUGAAGGAAGUGCAGUCAGAGGUUCGAUCCAUGAGCGGAGCACAGCUUCCGCGUGAUGCGUCGGCAGUUAUGCACCUGGCUUUGGGUGUGUUCGGUGUGAAUAUUUUCACCUUUAUGGUGGCGGUGUUCCUGCUCUUUAUCGUCUUAUGGCUGUUCAGCCAGCAAAUCUGGGGACCCAUCACCGAGGAGGAACGCUACCGGGCGAAGAUGCGCAAGUCGGGCGUGGCACUUAAAUCAACAGGCGCAACAGUCAACGUCGUCAUCGUCCUUCUCAUCCUCAAUUUUGUGGUUGUGGCAGUGCCACUGGCGGUGGAGUAG